AGCACAACAAAGCCGCCGCCGUUACAGCUAGCUAGCGCAAAUGGCCAGGCUGGGAUUGCUGCUUCCCCUGGCCUUGGCGGCGGCCGUCCUCCUGCUCGCCGUCGCAGCCGCCGCCGCGCCUUCCGGCAGGCCACCCAAGGCGCAGGGGCCCAAGCAGCACGAGAAGCCCAAGCCAAUGAAGGUCAAGUGCCACGACCGCAAGCUCUACCCUUACUGUUUCGGCAAGCCGAUGGAGUGCCCCGCCGCGUGUCCCCAGUCAUGCUACGCCGACUGCAACUCCUGCAAGUCCGUCUGCGUGUGCAGCGUCCCGGGAGCCUGCGGCGACCCGCGCUUCAUCGGCGGCGACGGCAACGCCUUCUUCUUCCACGGCCGCAGGGACGCCGACUUCUGCGUCCUCUCCGACCGCGACCUCCACAUCAACGCCCACUUCAUCGGCAAGCGCGGCGGCGACGGCAUGACCCGUGACUUCACCUGGAUCCAGGCCAUCGCCGUGCUCUUCGACGGCCACCGCCUCUACGUCGGCGCCCGGAAGACCGCCACCUGGGACGACGACGUCGACCGCUUGAAGCUCGCCCUGGACGGCGAGCCCGUGAGCCUCCCGCAGGAGGCCGACGCCGCGUGGACGUCCAGCGCCGUGCCGGCACUGUCCAUCACCCGCACCAAGGCGGCCAACGGCGUGCUGGUCGCGCUCGACGGCAGGUUCAAGAUCAGGGCGAACGCCGUGCCCAUCACCGAAGAGGAGUCGGAGGUGCACAGGUACGGGGUGACCUCCGACGACUGCCUCGCGCACCUUGACCUGGCCUUCAAGUUCGACGCGCUCACCGGCGACGUGCACGGCGUGGUCGGCCAGACCUACCGCUCCGACUACGUGAACCGGUUCGACGUCAGGGCCACCAUGCCCACCAUGGGAGGGGAGAGCAACUUCACCACGUCCAACCUCUUCGCGGUCGACUGCGCCGUCGCGCGUUACGCACCUGCUGGUGCUGGUCACCAUGACCAUGAUGGUGUUGCAAUGGUGUGA